GCCUCCCACUUCCGCCUGCUUCCAGUGGCACUUUAGGCUUCGGUUGUUUAUGUUACCGGAGCAUUGAUUUGACCUUAACUCACAGGUGGUGUGUGCUGCUGUCUGUGAUGCUCGGAGGGAGGCUGGGCUCCAGGGACAGGCCGACGGUGGAAACAUGACUUCUGAGUAACGUGCAGUUACUUUAUCUGCUCAGUAUGAACAGCGAGGAGGAGUUUUUCGACGCUGAGACAGGGCUGGAGUCAGAUGAUUCCUGCGAGGUCAGCUUUAAAGAUGCCUCACAGGAGAAUGGAGUGUGGGAGCGCAGGAAAAAGCUGCCAGCUGAAAUGAUCUCCAGAAAUAAUUUCAGUGUGUGGAAUAUUCUGAAGAAAUGCAUCGGCAUGGAGCUGUCCAAAAUAGCAAUGCCGGUUGUGUUUAACGAGCCGCUGAGCUUUCUCCAGAGAAUCUCGGAGUACAUGGAGCACACUCACCUCAUCCACAAAGCCUGCAGUUUAUCAGAGUCCACAGACCGCAUGCAGGUUGUUGCUGCAUUUGCUGUUUCAGCUGUAGCAUCUCAAUGGGAAAGGACUGGAAAGCCUUUCAAUCCUUUACUGGGGGAGACUUAUGAACUUACAAGGGAGGACCAGGGCUACAGAUUGAUCUCGGAGCAGGUGAGCCACCACCCCCCCAUCAGUGCCUUCCACGCCGAGUCGCUGAAGGAAGAGUUCAAGUUUCACGGCUCCAUCUACCCAAAGCUCAAGUUCUGGGGCAAAAGUGUGGAGGCUGAGCCAAAAGGCACCAUGACGCUGGAGUUACUAAAACAUAAAGAAGCCUACACGUGGACGAAUCCAAUGUGCUGUGUGCAUAACAUCAUCCUGGGAAAACUCUGGAUUGAACAAUAUGGAACUGUAGAGAUAGUCAACCACAGGACAGGAGAUAAGUGUGUGCUAAACUUCAAACCCUGUGGGAUGUUUGGAAAGGAGCUGCACAAAGUAGAAGGUCAUAUCCAAGACAAAAGUAAGAAGAAGCGGCGAGUAAUCUAUGGAAAGUGGACUGAGUGCAUGUACAGCGUGGACACCAAGGUUUAUGAAGCAUACAAGAAGUCGGAGAAGAAGAGUGGGGGCGAGGCAAAGAAGCUGAAACAGGAACAAAGCUGUGAAGCAGAGGAGGCAGACGAAAUGCCAGAUGUUCAAGAGACUGUGACUGUGAUACCAGGAAGUGCCUUACUGUGGAGGAUAACACCACGGCCCCCUCACUCAGCACAGAUGUAUAACUUCACCAGCUUUGCCAUCACACUAAAUGAGCUGGAACCCGGCAUGGAGAGACUGCUGGCACUAACAGACUGCCGGCUGAGGCCCGACAUCAGAGCGAUGGAACACGGAGACAUAGAUUUAGCGAGUUCUGAGAAAGAGCGUUUAGAGGAGAAACAGAGAGCUGCACGCAGAGAACGAUCCAGGGACGAGGAGGAGUGGUCAACUAGGUGGUUCCAGCUGGGAACAAACCCGCAUACAGGAGCCGAGGACUGGCUGUACACAGGUGGAUAUUUUGACAGGAACUUCACUGACUGUCCCAACAUUUAUUGACACAGGAGGUGUUUUUU